AUGCCAUCAGCCCCGCGCGGUCGCGUAAGGCCUCACGUCUCGCUGGACGCUCAGCUCCAAGCACUCACGCUCUUCACGGACUUGGACGCUGAUUCCGAGAAUCUGGAGCAGCUAGGUCCAAUCAUCAAAUCUUUGGACGAGGCAGGUCAGUCGGAUGCCUUUUUGAGGAGGUUGCACGAAUUUGUGAAAGAGAAGGAAGAUGAGAUAGAAAGGAUAUGCAAAGGCAAUCACGAGGAUUUCGUCAGCGCUACGGAUAGACUGUUGAAAGUCAGAAGUGGUACCGUCAGUCUAAGACAUCGGAUUGGCGAGCUGAACGAAGAGGUUAAAGCUGGCGGAGAGAGCUUGAGCGCAAAGGUGCGUGUCGCGGUGCUAUGAAAUCGUGGCUGGUGGGGAUACAUUUGAUGGCUGGAGCGCAGUCCGCUUCAAUCUUAUCAAAUUCCUCCAUUCCAACCUCACCUCUCCAGAAAAAGUCACUACGUGAGACGAGACAGGUAGGUGCCAAUCUCGACGAAGCGAUCGAGACGUUGCAGCUCUGUCUGAGAGUGCUCGACAUGACGAGCCGAGUAGAAGGUCUGAUCGAGAAUCGUAGAUACUACGCGGCACUUCGAGUGAGUAAGCUUCCCACUGUGCGCAUACAACGAGUCAAUGCAUCAGGAAAAGCUCACUUAUGGCCAUCCUGUAGUCUCUGGAAGAGUUGCAGACGGUGCAUCUCAAGCCCGUCUUGCAUCACGAAUUCGCGCGGCACAUGCUCGAUUCAAUACCCGCGAUGAGGGAUGCGGUGAGAUCAGCAGUCACUUCAGAGAUGAAGGAGUGGCUCUACGAAGUCAGGCUCAAAGGUGGGAAAGUGGGAAAGCUAGCUUUGGAUGCUAUGGAGGCGAGGCAAAAGAGGUGGAGGAUCAAGAGCUCGAAGGAUCCAAUGCUUAGCAUUGCCAAAGUCAAUAGUCCAAUCGAGCUGGUUGUCAACGAGCGCGUCGAAUGUGAGUGGUGCUCUCAGUAACAGAGGCCGAUGUGGAUGUCUGACCAGGAGUUCAUGGUGCAUGCAACUCCCCGCGAUCUUCAAGACAACUUUGUGGACAACGAAGAGGUUCGAAUCGACUUCAAACCAUUGUAUCAAUGCAUCUUGAUCUACGACUCCAUGGACAUGCGCGAGCAGCUGCAGAUGAGCUAUCAGGAAGAUCGCAGGGUGAGCUGUAUGCGGGCGCACAGUAAAGUUUAGGAGCUGCUCACGCCAUAAGCUCGCCUGCAUGCAGCUGCAAGCGAGCCUUCUCCUAUCGCAAGGUCUUACAUUCGAUCCCGUCAAUCCGACUUUCCCGCUAGUCUUACAGGAAGUAGUCGGUUACUUUCUCGUAGAGCAUCAUGUCCUCCAGACUAGUUCGCCAGGUUUUAGAUCCGAAGCGGAAGUGGACGACCUUUGGGAUAACAUGUGCGAGAGGGUAGUGGACAUCGUCAGUGUGGGGCUUCGGGACUGUAGAGAUACUCAGGUGUUUGUCAACACCAAAGCGGUCAUCCAAACCUUCAUCAUGACGCUGGAAGUGAGUGAAGCGGCGGGUCUUUCAGACACGAUAGUCGGGAUGAGCGGAACGCUGCCUGAACAAGAGCUGCCUGGCUCAUCGCCCCGCGUACUGCUACCCCAAUUCCAGGGCUGCUCUUUCACCGUCACCAAGCUCAACGCUCUGCUGCUGACGCUCUUUGAGCGGUACGCGCAACUGCUCAGAGAUCGUUUUUCGGCCGAUUUCCAGCAGGUGAGUGAAUGCGUCGGGAUCCGUUGAUCGCAAAGCUCAAGGCGGGUACUCCAUUUCGUCCGGCCAUGACAGGCCGUCAAAGACGCCGAGCACCAGCCAAUGGUUGUGGAAGAUGCCGACGAGCUCAACAAGGUCCUGAAUGUCUGUUGGCUGAGAGCCGGAGAAGCCGAUAAAUUGCGGCAGUGAGUCGAGACUGCGGAUGCCAGAUCAAGGCAUGGCGAGAACAGUGCUGACGCGCCACGCCUGCCUUUUAUCUCGCAGACGAGCUUUCCCCCUGGCGCUACCAUUCUCUCAAACUUAUCCGCUUUGCUGCAUGGACAUCCGGCAUUUGGUCGACGAGUAUUACACCUUCUCCGACGGCUUUUCGCAGUAUCACCGAGAUAUUGACGACAUCCUCAAGAAGGUGAGCCAAGCCACAAAUCAUACCUAGCUCAGAGCUUACGCGCAGCUCUCUCAUAUUACCCAUCAGUCGCUGGACGAGUUGCUCAUUCAACAGGUCAGCAGCAGCAUUCGAGCAUCGGUCGAGUCUACGUCAAACCUUUCUCAGAUAGCCCAGAUCGUGGUGAAUGCGGAGCACUUCAAACUAGCCUGCACAUCCCUCGAGGGCCUGUUGGCAGCUUUGCGCGCACCUCAUCGAGGGGGCAGACUCAGAUUGGAUGCGUCGAGCCAUUUCAGCCAUUCCUUGGAUUUGGCUCAAAAGAGAAUCGACGCGGCCCUAGCUGCCAAGUUGACAGAGUUCAUUGGGAUGAGCGAAUUUGAGCCUACGCCUGCAAAAGAGGACACGACGGAGAGGGAAUGGAUCGGAGAAAUGAGCAGAUGGAUAGGAACGAUGAUGGAAAGCGUCUUGGUGCUGCUGCCCACAGAGACCAAGCUGCUGCAUUGUGAGUGGGUCGAUGGCCAUUCAUUGCUGCUUGACCCCGUUCCUUAUGCCGAGCUUGCGCUGUGCAGACCAAUCCGCAUACGCUUCCAUUGCCUCCGUCUUGCUCGUGAGUCGCCGCUCGGCCCGAUACCUCAUCUGAGAUGCUCCCACACUAAUCCCUUCUCGUUCACUGCCGCUUUCAGAACGAGUACGUUCUGGACAAGGACACGCCAGCGCUGAAUACUUUCGCUCUUCAAAACGUGUUGGCGGAUGUGGAAGCUUUGCGGAAAGAGGCGUCCAGAAUAGACAAGAGCAUUGACAAAGUGUUUGAUGAGAUUCGACAAGUGAGUUACGAGGAUGUGGCGACGUGUUUUCGCUUCUUGGCCAUCUUUCAACCUCCCCAUCCUGGCUCUUUCUUCGAGAUGGAUGCUGAACAUCGACUUUGCCUUGCGCGCAGACGCUCUCCAUACCUCUGAACGAUGCGGUGUCAGACUAUGUGGGCGACGCUCGAUCAAGAAGCUCAAAGUAUCCAGCGGUUCAAGCGGUCAAGUUGGCCGGUGUGCUGGAAAGAUUGACCAAGUGGCAUGCGGGCAGAGGACCGAGCGAGAGCGACCUGAUGAAUCGGAGAAGCAGAGAGAAGGAUAUGGUGGGGAGAUUGGUCAGGAGGUAA